GCGCGGAUGCUGGAGCGCAGGGACCCGACGGCCGGCCGCGGAGGCAUGAUGGCGCUCAAGGCGCUGCGUUUGGUUUUGUUCCUGGUCUGGUGGGACUCGGCCGCCUCUUCCAAUGCUCAGUUUGGUCAGCCUUCAGAAUACAGUACACCAAACUGCCAUCACUAUACAUUACCAGGAUGUCCCCGGGACUUCAACCCCGUGUGUGGAAGUGAUUUGUCCACUUAUCCCAAUGAGUGUACUCUGUGCAUGAAAAUCAGGGAAGAUGGUCGUGAUAUUAAAAUAAUCCGAAGUGGACCCUGCUGAUGGAGCAGUUCACAGAAGAGAAAUUGGAGAAACAUCCCCGCAUACUAGAUGUAUUUUAUUUUCCCCAUUUCUCUUUUCCUGUGUUUCUUUGUGUGAGACUUGUUAACCCACAUUUUCUGAGAUGAGAUGUGGAAGAGAGCCAUGGACAGUGAUUGAUAAUUAAAGCAAACAAACAAAAGUCCUUGUUUCUUGGCAUUUGCCCCUUGAGUUAAGCUUAUCGCCCAGAUUACUUAUAUAUUGCUUUAUUUAGUUGGAAUAAAAUCAGCAUUGUGUUCAGUUA